AUGUCUCAUCCAGGUGCCGGUUCUAUCGCCAGCCAUAGUUCCCACACUCUCCACCGCCUUCAAAAGCAUGAUCUGGAAAUCGGAGUGAACGCCGCGGUUCAACGACAUAUCCAUCGAAACGUAGUUUCACCAAAGCCAGUCUCACAACGAAAACUUGACUUUGAGAAUGCAAGACCGAGAUGUUUCAGAGAGAUGGCCGCUGAAGCACUCGGGGUUUUUCUUUUUGUGUUCGUGUUUGACACUUCGUCUAUUUACUGUAUUAAACAAUCAUAUUGGGAUUGCUAAUGAGAACUAGAUAUCCAGCAAUUGCAUCGCAAGCUUCCUUCUUUACACAUGACUUAGAUCCGCGCUUCGGUUCCAUUUUCCAAACGGGCUGGGCAUAUGCAAUGGGCAUUGCCUUUGCCAUUAUUGUUUGCGGUUCCACUUCUGGUGGUCAUUUCAAUCCUGCAAUCACACUGUGUCUUGCAAUAUGGCAAGGGUAACCACUCCAAAACUCCCCGUCUCUUUUUAUAUCUGACAAUCGCUUUCAGGUUUCCCUGGCGGAAGGUCCCAAGAUAUAUCUUUGCACAAAUAUUCGGUGCCUUUAUGGCCGGUCUGAUCUUGGUUGGUCAAUACCGUCGGCAGUUAGAUACACUUUACACCGAGAGUCUGAAUAAGGGCUUGAGUCCGAAUUCCUCGGGGGGUCCAGGGAAUAUACUUUGCAGCUUCCCGUCGCCGGACGAGACCAAUUAUGGCCUUUUGGUCUCCAAUGAAUUCUUUGUGGAUAGUUUUAUUGGGUAAGAAAUCAUUUAUCAUCAGUCAUUUUUUCACCUGACAAGCUCCAGCCUGGUUGUAUGGUCGGUUUUGGAUCCAGCAAACCCAUUUGUCACUCCCGCAUCAGUACCAUUUAUUAUCGGAAUGGCGUAUGCUACCCUGGGAUGGGGCUUUGCAAACAUUACGAUAUCAACGAAUCUUGCAAGAGACCUCGGAACACGUAUCGUAGCAGCAAUAUUCUAUGGCGCUGAUGCUUUCAACGAUUACUCCCCAAUUGCAAUAUUUGUCAACAUACCAGCAACGAUAUUUGCCACGGCAGUCUACGAAAUCUUACUACGCGAUAGUUUCUUGGAGUAUGUCAAAGCCCUCUUUCUACCUCCUGUCACGUAUUUGAACUUGAGAUCUGUACAUUGUGUGUGAAUUAUUAUACUGACUACAACAUGUGCUACAGAAUUGCGAAAGGUCACAAAGAUCACGAGGAGGGACAAGAAGGACUAGUUCAGCACAUGAAGAAGACCGGUACUAUAUCUUCCCGCCGAACAAGCAGUAAUCCUGAGAUUGAGAACUUCUGUGGUGAAGGUAAUCACAAGAGGCGUGAGGAUACUUCUCCUGUUUGA